CCUCAGCAAGCAGAUCUGCUUUCGAAUAGCGCGGAGACCGACCCAAGGCCACCGAAGAACUCGAAGCGGCUACAACGCGUUGUGCGAAAUCCGUGGCGCACCUGCCUGGGCCUGGAGCGCCAACCGCGGCGACAACCCACAAGCAACUUCGCGAAGUGACACUUCAUGCUGCCGCGGAUUCUCAGCCCGGCUUCAAGCAAGAACUAGAAGGCUGCAGUCCUCAGCGGCGAUCAGAGGCGCGCGUGCGGACGCGCUCAAAAAGCACCGUUGAAAGCGGCUGGCAAGCACGUCCUUGACCACCAUGUGUCGCACAACGCCUGCUGUCCCACUCCGUUCUCCCGCAACGCUCCUUAAUUGAAGCAUGAACGAACACAACAACGAAAGACAAUUCAUUGCUAGGACUCAAUUAUAUCACGACAUCAAUAAGCUACCGCGGCGAUUCUUGCGCCGCAAUCUGGACCACAUUUUCGACUCGCACGACGCGCUUCGAGAAGGCAACGUCAAUGCGAUCGAAGGCGCUGCGGACGAAGUAACAAGACGCGCGCGCUGGCAACCGCCAACUGAUGCCAUGAUGGCAAAGUACAUUGAAGCGAGCACGCCCCGAUUCACGCUCGACUCCUUCUUGCUCAGGCCGCACGGCACUCGGUCCAGGAAUCGCGACUCGAUCAACUUGGAUCCCAUUCAGCAGAGCGAAGAUGGCCCAGACUGGCUGCCUCAUCCGGAUAGAGCGCCACGACCUUGUCAGGUGUCUGUCUACAUCCACUGUAAGCAGACGGCGCAGACCAAAGUCUAUCACGAGAUCAGAAACGCCCAAAUCUAUCGAUUUGGAAGUUCCGACGGACGGCCUAUCUUUGACGUUCGCUUACACAGGCCGUUCGUCAUCGAAGCCGACCAGCUAAAGGUCAACAAAGAAAUGCUGCGCGACGACGCUAGCAGGUACGGGGAGCGAAAAAUGACAGAUAGAUACAGUUUGGAGAUCGGUAUCUCGUGCUCUAAUUCCAGCGAUGCCGCGAAGCUUCUAGCAGAAAUUCAGGGCACAAGAGCGUCAGACUACGCCGAUGCGCCUUUGAAAGAAUUGGCAUUUCGAGCCGUUUGGGGAGACCCGAACACCAACACAACCACUAGCGAUCCAGGGCUUCCGGUGCUCCCGCCAAGAGAUUCCUUGCUGCGCUUGGUUAGAGCUCACGGGCACAAGAGUUCAACCCUUAAGUACGGCCUCCAGCCAAACAUGAGCUGGAACACGGACACGAACGAAUCAAUUCUCACAACAUACAACAGACAACUGCGCCGGCUUCGCAGUGCUCGACAGAUGCCAACACCGUCUCCAUCUGAAGAUGCAGAGCCCCUCAGCCGACCCAGUGUUAGGUACCAAUUUCGCAAAGGUGAUUAUAUCCACCGGAGCGUGCACAUGACCGAGCUGAAGUGCAUAUUCUGCCCCAACGAGCGCGAACAUUCAAGUAUCGGACGGCUGUAUGGUCAUUACGCUACUCACCACGAGCAUUUCAGCAUUCAGAUUGAAGAGCACGACGAAGACUCGAAUGUGAGGAUUAUCUGGAUGCAACUGAAGGAAGAGCCUCGUGAAGUGAGCAAGGAGCUAUUGAACUUCAGUUGGCAAGCUACGGGAGACGCGUUUGACGCUACUGAGUACUUGCACGCGCACUCGCGCGGGGAAAGAACGGGCUGGGAAACGGAAGAGCAUGAUACAAAACAAAAGCCUUUCCAAGCACAACAGAAACCUUACCAGACAAAAGGACGGCGUGGACGACCUCUCGCAUAUGCGCCACAAGUACUCGAGCUUGUGAAGAAGAAGACGACAGAUAUGCCGCCGGACCAAGUCCCGGACCUGCCCGCAUUACCACGAAGAAAACACGCGGUACCACGUGUGAAGGGCGUAGAUUUCUAUCGAACAACCUCCAAGCAAGUACUUUGUCCAGGUGACUUGAUUAGUGACAGUGACGAGGAGACGGACGAUUCGUGGCUCUAUCAGCGAUUGAGGCACGAAAUUUAUCGUUCAGGCCGGGACGAUGUUUGUUACGAACUACAUGAAAUGCUCAACAAACAUUUGGACGAUGAGCGUCCACAAUCGGAUAUUCUGGUUAGAGAUGCAAUGGUCCGCUUCACUAGGAAGCACAAGCACCGGCUUAAGAGGCCGAAGAUGCGGCCUGCUUUUUGCAAGCAACUUGAGCGACUUAGCAGAGCGCAAGUCAUCUCGAAGAACGACCUGAGCUACUGCCUGAAUCUUCUGGCUGAUGCUGCGGCCGCCGACGAUGUUGCAAUGGGCGGCAUGGACGAAGAUGAGCCAGCUUCGACAGAUCUGGCGCGGCUGCGACGCUCACAUGAACCAUCACAGGGCCACUCUACAAGUUCUGGAGCUCGUGAUCAGGGAAGCAGGUCGCUCAAGGCGACGGUAAUGGCGCCAACCUCAAACGCGCCCGUCACAAAUCAGCAGCAUCCCCUACACACCAGAUCAAUACCUUUCGGUCGCUGUAAAUUCGUCUGCCGACGGACCAAAGGUAGCAAACAAAAGCCUUACCACGGCGACAUCGAAGAACUCCUCAAAGACGACAUGACUCACAUCAAGCCCGACGAGAUCCAGCCACGGCACCUAGACUGGUCCAAGUUCAUACGCAUCCUUGACAAUGACUUCAUUUACAUCCGCACCUCAGACAACAUUGUAUGCAUUAGUAGUCGACUGGUACCUCUGGUGACGGAUGAGGAGGAUUGGUAUGCCGCGCUCGAUCAAGCCGCCAAGCAGCAAUUUGGGGAUGGAACACUGGUGUUCGAGCUGCAUACAACGGACUCCUAUCAGCAGCUGCUUGAAAGUCUGCCGGAGAGCCAGGGGGAGACGAGGCCGGGAACUGCGACUCGUGACCAAGAUAUCAGAAACGGGCUGCGUCCUGUACCUCGCAAACAGCCUUGCGAAUGUGGCCAGAUUGCCACUGGUAUGAGGGGAAUCGUGGGAUGUGCUAAUGUCAUGUGCCAGAGGAGCUUCCAUAUGGCCUGCAUAGGGCUGCAGAAGCGGCCGAUCGAUUGGAAGUGCGCGGCUUGCUCCGCAUGA